AUGAGACCACCUAAGCCAGUUUGGAUGUCUCAAGAGGAUUAUGAUAGGCAAUAUGGAAAAGAAGAAGCUAAGGUAAAUGCAAAAGAAGAGCUAGCGAAUGAAGAACAUACGCCAGCACUUAAGGAACAAGAGAAUUCACCUAGUCAUACUGAUAGUUCCACUUCUUAUGGUGUAGGUAGAUAUGAACCCUCUUCUAAUAAUGCAGUAACCUCCAACAAUUCCAAAGAACAUUCCAAUGAAGAUUCGACAAAAUCAAGAAUACGAAAAAGAACACAUGAAAGAUAUGAUAAAGAAGAAAGAGCUCGUAAAAUAGAACGAGAGAGAAUAAGAGAAGAGCAGUUGAAAAAACAUGAGCUUGAAUUAGCGUCACAAAGAUCAAUUGAUGUGGAUCAAAUUGUUCGACAGCACUAUAACGAGAGAACUCAUAUUGCAGGUAAUUCAAGAAGAAACCUCUCACCCAUUAUUAAACUACGUAAUUUUAAUAAUGCUAUUAAGUAUAUGUUAAUUGAAAAAUUUACUAAGCCUGGUGCUGUAGUGUUAGAGUUAGCUUGUGGUAAGGGUGGUGAUUUGAGAAAAUAUGGCUCAGUUGGAAUAUCGCAAUUUAUUGGUAUAGAUAUUUCUAACGCAUCCAUCAAAGAGGCUCAUAAAAGAUAUAGCUCAAUGAAGAACUUAGGUUUUCAAGUUAUUUUGAUUACUGGUGAUUGUUUCGGUGAAUCUUUGGGGCCAACCGUUCAACCGUUUCCGCAAUGCAGAUUUCCUUGUGACGUUGUAUCAACUCAGUUUUGUUUGCAUUAUGCUUUUGAAACUGAGGCAAAAGCUAGACGGGCUCUAUCAAAUGUAUCAAAGUCAUUAAAAGUUGGCGGGUUUUUCUUUGGAACAAUUCCAGAUUCUGAAUUCAUUCGUUUCAAGUUAAAUAAGAUUCCAGAAACCGUCGAAAAGCCUAGUUGGGGGAAUAAUAUAUAUAAAGUUACAUUUGAUAAUAAUUCUUAUAUCAAAAAUGGUAAAGAAUUUAAAUCACCAUACGGUAAUAUGUACACAUAUUGGCUGGAAGAUGCCAUCGAUAGUGUACCUGAAUAUGUUGUUCCGUUUGAAACUUUAAGAAGUUUAUGUGAUGAAUAUGGGAUGGAAUUAGAACUACAACAGCCUUUUAACAAAUUUUUUGUACAAGAGAUCCCCCAAUGGAUGAACAAAUUUUCCCCCAGAGUAAAAGAAGGCUUGCAAAGAUCUGAUGGAAGAUACGGUGUUGAAGGCAGUGAAAAGGAAGCUGCAUCAUAUUUCUACACAAUAUUUGUAUUUCGAAAGGUUAGAGAGUACCUUGGAGAAUAG